AAAAUCUGAUCAUCUAUUUGUAUUUGAUUUUGAUCAAAUUGUGCAAAUUAAGCGAUUAUGCAAUUGCAAUUGUUUGUUCGGAAAAUUAAAUUAGGCAUUUAGGUAUUAUUUCGUAUUAUUUGUAACCAAUUGUAUGUAAUUUAUGUCAAUUGAAAAUUAUAUAGGGUUACUAUAGUUGGAGAUGACAUGCAAAUCAAGUUUUAAGUAAUAUAGUUACCUUUAGUGAUAGUAUAGUUCCUUUUCAAAAAAAAAAACAAGUGAUAAAGCAGGCAGAUUAGUAUAGUAUUCUAAUACCUUAUAAACAGAGACCUAAAGCCUCCUUCUCGAAGCUUGUUGCCGUGUGAAAUAUAAUUGGUAGCUUGCUCUACUACACCAAAGGCGACUUUUUGUUGUUAAAGCUUUCUUGUUCACCUUUGCUUGUAUCAAGAUUUCCUGUGAUCAACAGAUAAAAAAUCAAGAAAAUGAAACGCUUAAAUCUUUUAAAUACUAAUUAUUAUGAUAUAGUGUCUUUUAUGAUUGACAUAGUAUUGAGAUAUUAUCGUAUAAUUAGGAAGAUUUGGUAGAAUAUUUCCAUAUACUUAUCUUCUAUAUUUUAGUUAAUUUCCUAAGAUAUCUUUGUAACUCUAUAUAUUCCCAUGGAGGAUUAAUGAGAAGGCAAGCAAUUCUACUCUAAUUAUUUUCUAUUCCUCUCUAAUUUAUCAUGGUAUCAAGAGCGGGUUUAAUUUAAGCCAUUUUUUUUAAUCAACGAUGGCCGGUGAUGAUGUACCACCGCCACCACCACCUCCAACUAAAAUCGAACCCAAUUCCCCAUAUUAUCUUGGCCCUCAAGAUCGCCCUGGCGAUUACAUUACACCCACUCGGCUUAAGGGAGACAACUAUGACGAGUGGGCGGCUGGCUCUGGAGGCUCGGAGAAAAUUCGAGUUCCUUGAUGGAUCGAUUACAGAGCCAAAACCACCAUGUACUAAGUCCGAUUGGACAGCUCUCAAUGCAAUGUUGAUUUCGUGGGUGUCUAACACCAUCAAUCCAGAGGUUAAAUCCUCUAUUUCAAAAUUCAGAGAAAUUAAACCCUUUUGGGAUCAUCUCAAGAAGCGCUACGCUCAAACCAAUGGGCCUUGUAUCCAGCAAUUACGAGCAUCCCUAGCCAAGUGCGAACAAACCAAGUCGAUGCCGGUCUCGGUCUAUUAUGGCAAAUUACACGCAAUUUGGCAGGAGCUGGAUCACCACGAGCCCUUGAUAUCCUGUUCGUGUUGCUCUUCCUGUACAGCAGGGAGUCUUCAUGAGCAACGAAGAGAACAAUCUCGCUUGCAUGAUUUUUUAAUGGGCUUGUAUUCUGAUUUUUAUUCUUCUUUUCGGACUAAUAUUUUGUCACAGGAACCAUUUCCGAGCCUUGACAGAGCAUAUCAGCUCGUGGUGCAGGACGAGCGUGUCCGUACUGCUCGACAGGAGGUUGCGUCUGCUCCCACAGACGCUCUUGGUUUUGCAGUUAAGGCCAGCCCUAGCAGUGGGCGUGGCGUCUCUGAUCGCUCCUGUUCUCACUGUAAGAAGACGGGGCACGAUUUGUCAAGUUGUUGGUUCAAAUCGCCGUGUCCUCACUGCAACAAAAAGGGGAAUGACCCUCGUUAUUGCUAUGAGGUUACAGGUUAUCCUCCGGGGUGGAUUUCUCGGCCACGUGACAAACCUGCUGGCCAAGGAAGAGGAGGGCCGAGAGCAAAUGCUGCCACAGCAGGGGGUGAAAAUACUCCUCUAGGGUCGGCUUUCACAACGGAGCAAUGGAAGGCCCUUUCGGGUUUUAUUGGUAACACUAAUAUUCCUGAAAAUCGUCUUCAUGGACCAACUGAAGCAGCUGAUUGGAACGGGAAUUAGGCGAGACGGACUGUAUUAUUUCUUUGGCAAAACGGAUGUGGUGCAACGUGUGUCAGUGGUGGAGGCGACGUCAGAUUUGGAGCUUUGGCAUAGAAGAAUGGGGCAUCCUUCGGAGAAAGUAGUUAAGUUACUUCCGCAUAUUAGCAAUAAUAAGAGUAGUUUAAAUAACAGUUGUGAAGUAUGUUUUCGUGCUAAACACUCUAGAGAUACUUUUCCUUUGAGUGAAAAUAAGACUUCUAGAAUUUUUGAGAAAAUACAUUGUGAUUUAUGGGGUCCAUAUAGACAUGUGUCGUCGUGUGGGGCUCGUUAUUUUUUUACUAUUGUUGAUGAUUAUUCAAGGGCUGUUUGGAUUUAUUUAUUGAUUGAUAAAACCGAAGUUUUUCAGA